AUGGAUGGUGGCUCGCAAGUCCUGGAGGAAGAAGCUAUCGACGAGGCCAUCUUAAGACUAGCAGCCUUAAAGUCAAGAAGAUCGACGUUGCGUCGCCAGAUCACGAUGACCAACAGACAGAUCGAGUCUUUGAUCAGUGUAAGGGGUUCAAGAAGAGCCUUGCGCGGAUGUCUACGCCACGUUGAAGAGUUGCUGCUGGAGAGUACACGGUUGCAUUCCGAGAUAUUAUCGAUCGAAGACAACGACGCGGAGGCCGAAAGACAAGAUUCUAAUCAUUUAGGCUAUAUCACGCGUUCGAGUGAUCUGGCCAUUGCUGCGCAAGUCUAUUUGAACAGUCGAGAUGGAGACGCCGAGUCGGUCAUCGGACAAAACAUCAUCCCGAACCCAGCGCCUGUAAUCCCAGCGCCUGUAAUCCCAGCGCCUGUAAUCCCAGCGCCUGUAAUCGACCCAGUGGAAGCACAGGGAAGAGAACGUGCUCGUCAGGAAGAGGUUGCCAACGCAUUGAUGAGAGCAGAACAAGCUCGUGAACGAAUGGAUAGGGCUUGGGAGGAAGCGGAUGAGGCUCAAAAUGCUCUCAGGUCUCUGGGAAUAGAGAAUCCAAGAAGGAAUCAGCUGCCCGAAGAGGACCGGUUUACGUCAGUUAGUCAACGCCCUAUUACUCCAGCCGAAGAUGGAUCGGAGCAGCAACGCCGACUGAACAUCAACAACAAUCAAGAGAAUCCUGACACCUGGAUCGACCUAUACAGUGCGGGCCUGCUUCCACCCGUCGUUGCCACUCAUAGCACGCGUUCAUCAGUGUCGGCCGAGCUAGAGUCUUUCGAAGGAAAGGCACUCGAAUGGUUCUCUUGGAUUGAUCUAUUCAGAGCACUAGUACAUGACACUCCUAAGUCAGCUGGUGAGAAGUUGGCGCUUUUGAAGAGAUACUUACGCGGGGACUGUUUGGAUUUAGUCUACGGUCUAGGAGGUGGUGAACCAGCGUACAUUGAAGCUCUUGUGCGUCUGAAGCAGACUUGCGGAAGACGUGACGUCAUGAGAGCAGCCCAUCAUCAAGCCAUCGGGAAACUCGAACCAAAGCAGGACCCGGGAUCAUUCAAGCGAUUUGCGGAGAGGAUCCGCACUCAUCUAUUUGACCUCAGCAGGAUCGGGGAGACCGGCACAACGGAUCUGACCGAGAAAAUUUGCCUGAAGCUUCAGUUGCACGAUCGAUUGGCCUGGAAUGAAGGGAGACGAGGACGGAUUGAAGAUCGGAGCCUGAAUGAUUUCGGUAUGUGGCUGUGUUCUCGCGCCUCCGCGUAUCAAAACGCGUUCAGCAUAGCAGCAGACCAGGUCAAUCCAAACUCGAGCAAGCUAUCCAAUCAGAAACGUCAAGCCCGGACAAAUCAAAGUUCGACCAAGUCAUUUGACGGGCAGAAAAAGGAGUCUAGUCGUUUUAACGGUAAACCGUUCUGUUUCAAAUGUGAGAAGGAGCAUCGAUUGGUUGAUUGUGAAGAUUUUAAAUCGCUUUCCGUCGGGGAACGUCUUACAUUUUGCAUGCGUCGACGUCUUUGCUUCUACUGCUUUUCAACCAAGCAUUCAGUUCGUGAGUGCGACAGACGGAAGAUAUGCAAGCAUGCCGGUUGCGGUUUUUAUCAUCAUCAGUUGCUGCAUAGUUCCACCAAGGAAGGUUCGCCGUCGGAAAAGGAGAGUGAAGAGAAAGCAAGACCUACGACAGCGAGGACUGGUGCCCCCCAACGCGUAGCCAUGGGUAUGCUGCGACUACCAGUAAUGGCUGAAGAUGGCAGUUGGGUUUUAGCCAACAUUUUUAUCGACGAAGGAAGCGACACGACUUUAAUGCGUAGUGCAUUCGCCAAGGUGCUGAAGCUUCGUGGGCCACCUCAGUUUCUAACCGUGGACGGAGCCGGUGGAGUAAUCACUCGUCAUCGUUCGAGUAGGAUCCAGUUUCGAGUUCAAGCUGCUGAUGGAGAUAUCCUGUCUCUGGAAGGAUCCACUAUGAAGAAGGUGGCUAGUCCAACACCGGUGACAGACUGGAAUAAAGAAAAGGUCCAAUGGCCUCACCUGGCGAGUCUCCCGCUCGGAGAGACAGGAGGAGGAGUUGACAUUUUAGUUGGAUUAGAUCAUGCCCAUCUAGUAGCGGUCAUUGAAUCAAGAGUCGGAUUGGAGAAAGAACCUAUUGCCUCCAAGACGGCGUUCGGGUGGAUCGUUCGAGGCGUUAUUGAAGGUCGAGUAAACGUUACAUCCGUUCGGAGCUGCAAGAUAUCCGGAAGCGCCUCGUUAGCCAAUCUCGCCACGGAAAUGCGUCGGUUUUGUGAUACUGAAGACUAUGGAACCGAACAUCAGAUUGGGUGUGUCUCACCUGAGAAUAAACGAGCUCUCGAGAUCGUCCAGGAGAAGACGAAACGAUUGGAGGUUGGUUACGAGGUACCAAUCAUCUGGCGUGAAGGAGAUCCCAACUUGGACAGCAAUCGUCCGAUGGCGGAGAAUAGAUUCCGGAGCUUGCUGAACCGUUUCAGACGUCAACCGGAGUUCGAGAGGGACUAUCGAGCGGCCGUUCAGAAAUACCUAGAUCAAGGUUAUGCAUCCCGUGUUCCAGAUCCGGCCAGCGCUCUAUACUUUCUAGCACAUCAUGGAGUAUAUAAAGGGACGAAACUACGAGUAGUUUACGACGCCGCCGCCACCUUCAAAGGAAAAUGUCUGAACGACGCCAUCAUCAGUGGUCCCGCCUUGCAGCCAUCAUUGGCUGCGGUCAUCAUCCGUUUCCGUGAAGGAGAGAUUGCCUGGGCCUCAGAUAUUGAGGCCAUGUUCAGCCGUUUUCGUCUUUCUAGUGAAGAUCGUAACUACUUCUGCUUUUUAUGGCAGGAGAAGGACGCUGCCGAGCUAAUUGUUUGUCGAAUGGAUCGACUCCCAUUCGGAGUCAACUGUUCACCGUUUGUAGCUAUCUACACCGUCCGUCGCAUUUUAGAAGACGCCGGAGUGCCAGAAAGUGUGAUUCAAGCCGUCAAGGAAAGAAUGUACGUCGACGACUAUUUGGGUUCCGCUCCAUCAGUAAAGGAAGCAGUUGAAGAAGCCGUUACCGUCAAGGAUGCAUUGGCCAACUCGGACCUUAACCUCCAAAGCUGGUUUUCAAAUUCCAUUGACUUCCUGCGAGCAGUGUCAAGAACGGAGCCGGAACCUGAUUCAAUCUCUGCUCAUCCGCUCACGGGUGAGAACACAGAAAAGGUGCUCGGAAUCGUCUGGGAUCCAAAGGCUGAUCUGCUGGGAUUCAAGGUGGACAAAAUGCUCGAUUCUUCCUUUUCAAGAGUUGAUUUGGUCAGCAAAGUGGCCAGCGUCUUCGAUCCGUUGGGUACAGCAUCGCCCUUUAUCGUCAAGGCUAAGAUCCGUUUGAGAAUUUUGGGUCUCAAAGGGCUCGGAUGGACGGAUUUAAUUACUGGUGACGACGAAAUUUGGUGGAGAAAAUGGUUUCUCUCUUUAGAGCAGCUCAACACGAUGAAAAUGCCACGAUGUCUGUUUCCCGAUCGAGCCCAGAUCUCCACGGUUGAUAUUCACGCCUUUGGAGACGCUUCAGAAGAAGCCUAUGCUGCCGUUAUCUACCUUCGCGUUGUCUACUCAGAUGGCAGGAUACUGGUACGUCAAGUCAAGGCAGCGAAUAAGAUCGCCCCGAAGAAAACUAUUUCAGUGCCCAAGCUGGAAUUGAAUGCUGCGUUACUAGCUGCUCGUCUUCUCCGAACGGUUAAUUCCAUCCUCAAGCCAAUGAUUCAACGGCGUUUUCUCUGGACGGAUAGCAGUACGGUCCGGAAUUGGAUCCGGGCGACCGCAGCUUACUACCAAGUCUUCGUGAGCAAUCGCGUCGGAGAAAUUCAGACCAUCACGGAGCCAGAAGAGUGGCGUUUUAUUCCAGAAGUAUUAAACCCAGCCGAUCUCGCCACCCGCUCAUCGAUUGAUGAACAGCCAAUUCCGUCCAUGUGGUUGGACGGACCGGAAUUCUUAAUGCAAUCGGAAGAUAGCUGGCCAGUGGAUCUCCCAUGGAUGGCCGUAACUGAAGAAAUGCGCUCGAGCCGUUCAUAUUCUGCCGCCGUAAAGAAGGAUACUGGUCAUUGGAAGGAGAUUCAAAUAGGACCCGGCGACAUUCCAGCCCUAUCCAAGCUGGACGAGAAAUAUCAGGAGCUGGUCAAGGCGUGUCAGUCGAAGGUGUACGAAAAGGAGUUGCAUCGUCUCAAGAAGGGCAAACCGCUCCAUUCUACUUCGAGUCUGUUGGCCUUGGCUCCUGUGCUCGGUCCAGAUGGCGUGCUACGGCUUGGAGGACGGGCUGGGCGCGCAAAACUACCAUACGACCAGUUACAUCCACCUCUGCUUCCCGGGAGUCAUCCAUUCACCGAGAAAAUCAUCAUCGCCUUUCAUGAACAUCUUAAGCAUGUUGGUACGGACUUCCUACUAUCUUAUAUUCGCCAGCAUUUUUGGAUAACGAGCGGGCGAGAAGCAAUAAAACGGAUCCGACGGAAUUGCGUUAUUUGUCGAAGAAACCGAGCGCAACCUGGCGAGCAGUUGAUGGGAGAUCUCCCUGAUUCGCGAUUGGACUCCGGUUCUCUUCCCUUUACACGGACCGCCGUCGAUUUGUUCGGCCCAUUUGAAGUCGGUCUCAUUCGGAAUCGCACGGCCAAACGAUGGGGCGUGCUAUUUACGUGUAUGGUCACCCGAGCAGUUUUUCUGGAGCUCGUCCCAUCUCUUUCGACGUCAGAUUUUCUUCUAGCAUUGAGAAAGUUCAUUUCUUUGUAUCGAAAGCCGGAAGUCAUACAUUCCGACAAUGGAACCAACUUUGUCGGUGCUGAGCGAGUGUUACGAGAAGCAGUGGAGAAAAUGUAUGCAGAUGAAGCUAUUCCAAAAUUCCUAAAAGAAGUCAACAUCAAAUGGACCUUCCAGCCAGCCCGGACCCCACAUUUUGGUGGCACGCACGAAUCGCUGGUCCGAUCCACCAAACGAGCCCUGUACAACGCCUUAGAGCAAGAAGGGGAAAAAUUUCGUUACCCAACAGAAGACUUGUUCCGCACAUUGCUGUAUGAAGUAGCUGGACUUCAAAACCCCCGGCCGUUGACCUACGCUAGCUCGAAUCCGGAGGAUUUUCGUCCGCUCACUCCGAACGAUUUCCUAAAUCGGCCGCCGACGUCUUAUCCGCCUGCUGGAUCCUUCGACGAUGCUUCGCCUCGAGAGCACUAUCGCUACCUGCAGCGGGUGCUAAAUUUGUUUUGGAGCAUGUGGAAAACUACGUAUUUGCAGUCGUUAGCUGCAAGAAAGAAGUGGAAGAUCAAGCGUCCAAAUCUGGAAGUGGGCGACGUCGUAUUGGAGAUCAACAAGAACUUCCGGCGUGGAGAGUGGAGUAUUGGACACGUCGCCAAGGUAUUCCCAGGCACAGAUGGAUGUGUUCGAGCUGUCGAUAUUCAACUUCCAACCGGAAUCUUUCGCCGAGGAAUAACUGAACUUUGCCUACUAGAAUCCAGCUCGUCCGUCCAACCGGACUCGGGGGAGAAUGAAUCGGCGAAAUCUGUAUUAUUACAAUCUGGCAACGUCUAA